CAGUAAUGUAUAUCGCCAGGUGCUGAAGUGAUGAUUUGUGCCUUAGGCAGCCACCCUCCAGUACGGAAGCGCGUCCUGCAAGCCCAUCCAAAUCGCCUGUGUAGAGCCCCCGGUGUCAACGUACCUCUUCCCAAUUGCGCAAUUGCGGAUUCCCCCAUCAUUCCAAUCUUAUCCUACCAUUCACCGCCUCAGCCCGAAAUCGCACGACAGCCGAUUAUCACUUGUCUCUACCGUAGCCAAAGAGGUACGUGCUAAGCUGUUGGACAAAAAAGAAUAUACGCCUACAACGUACGUUUCGUCGAGCUCCACGAGCGGGACCCACGGUGAACGAGUCAGUUUAAUCCACCAUGUCGACGCGACCGGCUGUCUUGUCCCUUUACCGACGCUCACUGAAGCUCUCGCUCGACUGGGCUGUCAAUCGCCAACUAUGGCGCGGCCAGGCCCUCUACAUUCGCUCCCUGUUCGAAAAGAACCGCGACGUCCACGAUCCUAGGCAACUACGGGUGCUCUUGAGAGAGACGGAGAAGCUCCUGGAGCAUUGGAAACAUCCCGACCCCUUUGUUCCUCCACUUUCUCCCGGAGGUUCAAAAUACGAGAGGAACCUGUCUGCUCACGUUCUGGACCCUCCUCCGCCGCUCAGGUUCUGAGAAAUUGGACCGCAUGUUGCCAACCGUCUAUCGUUACUUUAUACAGAUGGUCACGAAUAGACACGUUCAAGCUGGUUUUCAUCAAAGAAUUCAUGGGUUUGGUAUGUCCCGUACAUGACUUUCGGAAGCGGGAAUCUGAACCAGGCAGACAAAAUAGCGGGGUAGCUGUUGAACAUGAGCGCAGACUACAGCCGGUUCAGCAUGGCGUAGUGCCAGCUAUUGAGCAUACUCGUCACAACGAAUGAACGAAAGUGAGACUGAAACCAUGGAGAUAUUAACGGCACUUUUGAUUGAUGCUCAAAAGAUAUUCGCAUUCAUGACCCAUCGCCGUUGACGGGGAUAAUGUACAGCCCAAAGAUGAAAAGCAACCGUUGACCCUAGACCGUGAACCCCAAUUUCAU